AUGACACUAGCGGAAAUGCAGAACGGACUAGCGCGCAAAUCGGGCAGCUUCUCAAAACCGCCUUGGAAUGGCAACAAAAAGGGCGACAACAACAGCCAUUCAACAAUCACCGGACAACAGAGUGGCCCUGCUCCGGGAGGAAGGAGAGGAGUGCUGCUGAUGAAGAAGGCCAUGAAGUGGUACGCCCAGAGGGUGGUGAACGUGAAGGGGAAGCGAGAAGGUGCCAAGGAAAGCCUCUCUCGCGACCAGAUUACCGUCCUGAGAAGUGAAGCACUCGGCCUACUCAAGACUGAUUACAUCAUUUACGAGGAGCAAAAGAACUCGAAGCAAAGCGACGACCACGAAUGGAUUCGCACCGUCCUAUCAAGUGGCACCGUCAGCGACAAACUGGCCGCCCAUACCGUCCUCCUGCAGGAGUCGCCGGUGCACAACCUCCGCUCCGUGGAGAGCCUGCUGCGCUUCGUCAACACCAAGGGCAAGCGGGAGUGCGUCAUGGCGAUUGACAACCUGCGCGACCUCUUCAUCGGCGACCUGCUCAUUCCCAAGGAGAAGCUGCACACCUUCGAGGAGCUGGUCGGCGCGGUCGAGCCCAAGUGGCUCCUCACUCCAGGCGGUAAACCUGGCGAGCGAGAGCGCUUUUUGGUGAUUUCGCACGUGGAGGACCAGAUUCGCUCGCUGUACAAGAAGUUCAUCGACGCGCUGAUCACCGUCAGCCACGACAGCCUCGAGGCGCUGAAGAUGAAGUCGCUCAAGACGAUGUUCGAUCUCUUUGUCAACAACCCCGAGCAGGAGAAGUACCUGCUCUCGUGCAUGAUCAACAAGCUCGGCGACCCCACAGCCAAAAUUGCUUCUCAAACAGCGCAUCUCCUCUCGCAGAUCAUCUCCCAGCACCACCCACAGAUGAAGUUGAUCGUGGUCAAAGAGGUGGAGCGGCUCAUCUUCCGGCCUCACAUCAGCCCCCGAACCGAGUACUACUGCCUCUGCUUCCUCUCCGAAAUGGUCUUCACGGCGGCAGUGGACACCGAGCUGGCCAACGCCAUGAUCAACAUCUACUUCACCGUCUUCAACAAGUGCAUCAAAGAGGGGGAGAUCAACAACCGGACGAUGUCGACGCUGCUGACCGGCGUCUCGCGCGCCUUUCCCUACUCCAAGCUGGAGCUGGACUACCUGCAGAAGUACCUGACCACCUUCUACAAGAUCCUCCACUACGUGAACCUGAACACGGGCAUUCAGACGCUGUCGCUCAUCUUCAACCUGGUCAACUUCAAUGAGAGCGGCUCGCUGACGGACCACUUCUACAGUACACUGUACCGCUUCAUCGCCAAUCCCGAGGUGGACCACUGUGCGAAGAGCAACCUCCUCCUCAACCUCGUCUACCGCUCCAUCAAGAAGGACUCCGUCAACAAGCGGGUGCGCGCCUUUGUGAAGCGUCUCUUUCAGGUGGCCAUUCUCUCCUCGUCCGCCUUUGUCAUCAGCAUUCUGGUGCUCGUCUCGGAGACGCUCAAGACAAAGACGGGCUUCAAGUUGGAGGCUAAUGUGCUCGCUGGUGCUGGUGGAAACCAUACCGGUGAGGAGCACCGGCCUGCACCUGAAGCAGACAAUGGAAACAAAGGGGACGAAGACGACGACGACGACUUGGAGGUCUACUACGACGUCGAUGAGGACGGGAAGCCGAGGAAGCCACAGAAGACAUCUGCUGCCUCCAGUGGUUCGUGGGUUUACCUGAAGCAGCAGACCGCAGAGAACACGCAAAAGCAACAACAACAACAACCACAGCAAAACGACACCACCGCCGUGGACGGCGGUCAAAAGCCGUCAACAUCAAAGUCGGUAGAGCACUACGACAUUGACGCCCGCAAUCCGCAGUACUGCAACGCCGACCGCGAGGAGCUGUGGGAGCUGGCGCUGAUCAGCGCCCACUUUCACCCCACCGCUCGCCUCUUUGCCGAGCAGAUUCGCAGCGGCGUGCCGGUGGAGUACGACGGCAAUCCGCUGGACGACUUCACUGUGAAGCGCUUCCUCGACCGCUUCGUCUUUCGCAAUCCAAAGACCAGCGUGAAGAACACCAAGGCCGGGGAGACGUCGGUGAAGACGCGCGUCUUUGGCCGGAGAGAGCCGGGCUCUAAGAUUUUAGGUGGCGUUGGAGAAAAAGAACUUCUAGAGCAGCCUGCAGCGGCAGUGCCCGCCGACCAGCAGUUCAUCUACCGUUUCCUCCAGCAGAAGAAGGCGCUGAAGUUGAAGGCCCGUCGUGAGGGCGAGGCGGGCGACGGCGACGACAGCGACAUUGAAAGUGUCACCAGCUUGGAGUUUAAUGACCUGCUCGACAACUACGAGAGCUACACGCAGGCGGAUGAGGGUGGAGCAGAGGUGGAGGAGAUUGACUUUGCCAAAAAUUAUCAGCAAAAUUCGGGCGGCAAAGAGGGGAAGAAGGGAAAGAAGACGAAAAAAGGAGAGGAUGAGGAUGAGAUCGACGACGAAGACGCCGACUUUGAUGAGGAGUUUGAUGAGGACGACUUUGGCGGGGAUGAGGACUUUAUGGACGAUGAUGAGGAUGAUCUGAUGGAGCUCAGCGAUGAUGAUCCGGCUGAAGACGGUGAUUUUGGCGAAGAUGAUGAUGAUGACGAUGACGACGACUUUGCCGACCUCAGCGACCUAAACCGGGGCAGAAAAGGCGCAAACAAGGCGCGCAAUGCGGCGCCCUUUGCCGGCAAGAAGGGCUUCAGCAAGAUCACCAAUGACCUCUUUGCUGACGCAGAGGAGUUCUCGCACAUUCUCGAGCAGAACGAGGAGUCCGACUCGGACUUUGAUGAGCUGGAGGAGAGUGGCGGCGGCGGUGGUGGCGCUGAAGGGGGUAAAAAAUCCUCUAAGAAGGGCAAAAAUAAGAAGGGUGACGGCGGAAAGAAGCGCAAAGGAGGUCGGCCUAGNGAUGGUGAUCAGAUGGAGUUCAGCGAUAAUGAUGCGGCUGAAGACAGUGAUUUUGGCAAAGAUGAUGAAGACGAUGAUGACGACUUUGCCGACCUAAACCGUGGCAGAAAGGGCGCUAACAAGGCGCGCAAUGCGGCGCCCUUUGCCGGCAAGAAGGGCUUCAGCAAGAUCACCAAUGACCUCUUUGCCGACGCAGAGGAGUUCUCGCACAUUCUCGAGCAGAACGAGGAGUCCGACUCGGAUUUUGAUGAGCUGGAGGAGAGUGGUGGCGGCGGUGGUGGCGCUGAAGGGGGUAAAAAAUUCUCUAAGAAGGGUAAAAAUAAGAAGGGUGACGGCGGAAAGAAGCGCAAAGGAGGUCGGCCUAGUCUGGGGCGAAAGGCGGCAAUGCGCCGGAAGAAGCCCAGACUGUCGCCGGAUGAUUUGUAA